AUGACAACGCACAAACGAUCUUGUAUUGGAUUUCUACCCAGCCAUGCUCUUCAGUACGCGCUGAAAAUCACCGAACGCCAUGCUCAGACGAAGGCGGUCAUCGGUGUGUCCAGCCUGCUUUGCAUCACAUUUGGCAUGGAGAGCGGUGAUGUUGGCGACAUUGUGAAAACAUGGACAGUACCGCACUUCCGCGUCGAUCUGUACGUGAAGCAUCACAGCAGUGGACACCCCAUCAAAUGGGCCGAGUACAAAGCGGCGACGGAUGUCAACAAGAAAAAGUUCUUUGACAAUGUUGUUCCGUACGUGAACACCAUCUUCAGCCACUUCGGUAAUGCAGCGGAGAAAGCAACUAUCCUUGUCGAAGUUGCGAUCGUCGACGUCAUAAUCGCGGACAUGUUCUUCAACAGCAAGGAUCACGGAGGGAUCACGCAACAGCGCGCCCUAUCCUUGUUCAAGAAGCCGUCAGGUGAGAUCGCGCCAGGCAAAGCAGUCUACGAAGUGGUCCUCAAAAACAAGCUGCAGUUCGAUCUCGUUGCUGAUCAUUUGGCAAGCGGCUUGUCAUUUCGGCAAGUCGUUUCCGUCAUGCAUCAUACCAAGGCGCGUAUCGGGAUUAGAAGACUCGGUUGCUUGUCGGAUACAGACGUAUCAAAUUGCGCUCGAGUGCUUGUCGCCUGCAAUUUGCAAGUGCUACGCAAUUUGUUAGCUUUGGAAAGCAACUGGGCGAUUUCGUUGGCAGUGGAUGCAUCAACUCAUCUAGAGCACUCGUAUUUCGAUGUGAGUAUACAUAUGCACCACAGUGGCGUCUUGUAUAACUUGCAUAUCCUAACACUGCCGAUUCACAACCAUCAUUUGGCGAUCGUUCUUUCUGGCAUGGUUAUCAAAAUGAUUGACGUCUUGUGCACGCGGUGGCGCUCAAUAUUGCUCGGGAUCGGGUCGGAUGGCGCCAACGUGAUGACAUGGCGAAUUGGUGGUGUCGUCACGCUGUUAGUGAAUGAAACCACCCAUGAUGUCUACCGCUCGUGGUGCCUCGUCCAUCAGGCUGAUCUUGUCUGCAAGGCGCAGUUGAACAACCUAUUUGACGGCCAGUUUAUGAAGAUGGUCAAUAAGAUUGUCUCAUGCUUGAGUAAACAAGAUAUUCUCAUUCAACAGAUGGGGGAAAAGUGUCCCAAAAUGACGACACGGUGGAUGGCCAUGGGAGACUGGACCCUCUGGCAGAUCAAAAAGCGCCUUGAACUUAUUGAGUUUUUUUUUGUCGCUGCCGUUUGUGCCAUUUUCAAAUCUGUCAACAAGGCAAUUGGAAAUAUGCAGGCAAGAAAUCUUUUGAUGUCACAACAUGAUGAGGAAAUUGUGCGUCUGCUGUCGGGUCUAGCAGCCGAGUGCAAAGUUGAGCAUGAAGUGCUUCUUGAUGAAGUCGACUUGGCGCGCGAAGUCUCUGGGCAAUGGUUAAUCACGCAUACUGCGGUUGAUGGAUUCCUACGCGAUCAAGGGUCCUAUGUAGCGCAAGCUCUCGAAGAUAUGGACGGUGCAACUGUCUUGAUGAUCAAGCAGAAUGUUGGGCGGCUGAUUGUCGGGAUGAUUAACUUCUUUUCGAAAAUCAAGACGAUGCGCCAGGGGGACAACACGGCGCGGAUUGAGGACGCUCCCCAAAACCUCCCACACCAACUCUCGGCGGAGCGUGUCGCGCAAAUCGAGGAUGACCAACAAGAAAUGCGCGGGGCAUAUCUAGAAGGUGGCAGAUUCGCUACCGUCUUAGACAUCUGCGACCACAUGACAACAUUCGAGGCUGGCUGGAAGCUUGUCGGCCAGCGGUUCGAAGCCUUGCGUGAUUGGGCGGAGAAAGACGAAUACCGCAAAUCUAUGACCGAUCUGUCCUUGGAAGGUGUUCUCCAGUCCAAGCAAUUUGCACUUUUAACGCAAAUAGGCUUAUAG